CCAUCCCCCCACACACACCCACUAUAAAACCCUGUGGAAGUCCUCUUCAGCGUGCGAUGUGUGUCGUGUGCUUGUGGAAGUGUUAAAGGGUUUAACUGUGCAUUCUAAGGAUCGACACAAAAUCACCUGAGAUGGCGAGCUGGAUCGUUGUGUCUGCGGCGUUUGCGUCUAUAAACCUCUGUCUCUCUAUUAGAGAAAUGGAGUAUUUCAGUCCACAGAGCUGCAAAGAGCUGAUGCACAGAUAUAAAACCACUGAAGACGGUCUUUAUUACCUGAGUACACCGAGUGGGACCGUGUAUCAGACGUACUGUGACAUGACGACUGCAGGAGGAGGAUGGACUCUGGUGGCCAGCGUUCAUGAGAACAACCUUUAUGGCAAAUGCACCACCGGUGAUCGCUGGUCCAGCCAGCAGGGAGGGCAUGCGAACGUACCUGAGGGAGACGGAUCAUGGAGUAACACCGUCACAUUCGGCACUGCAGAAGCUGCAACCAGUGAUGACUUCAAGAAUCCUGGGUAUUAUGACAUCACAGCGGAGGAUGUGGCAGUGUGGCACGUUCCUAAUAAUGAGCAAGUGAAUCAGUGGAAACAAACGUCAUUCCUGCGCUACCAUACCGAGACCAAAUUCCUCAACAGCUAUGGAGGAAACCUCUACAAUCUCUUCAAGCGAUUCCCUGUGAAGUAUAACGUCGGAAGCUGUCCUGCUGACCACGGCCCCUCUGUUCCUGUAGUGUACGACGUCGGAGAUGCUGCAUCCAACCAUAACCUGUAUGGACCCAACAUCAGAGCGAUGACCGAUCCUGGAUUCAUCACGUUUCGAGCAUUAAACUAUGAGAAAGCGGCGAUGGCGAUCUGUUCCGGAGUCAAACUCAAAGACUGCCACACUGAACACUGCUGUAUAGGAGGAGGUGGACAUUUUCCAGAAGCGUCUCCGAGGCAGUGCGGUGAUUUUACGUCUUUUGACUGGGACGGUUACGGCACACAUGCCCACUGGAGCGCCAGCAAACAGUUGACGGAGGCGGCGGUGCUCAUCUUCUACCGCUGAGAGAGAUCAUACAGAUCACACGCCAGAUCAUACACCAAAUCCUCAAAAAUGUCAAAAAUCAAAAAUAAUGUUCAAAAAUAAUGUUUUAUUUUUUUUUUUUACAGCCAUUGAGAACUGUGUUUGUGUGCUGAAAGUUUUUCUGAUUAGGAUACACUCAGUUCCAGGGGGUCACUUCUAACCAUUCUAGAUUAGACAAUGUCACAAUAUCUGGAACGUUAGAGUCUGUGUAAACAAUAAAAAGGUUGAGAAGUUUUAAAAAUAAUUUUAUGUGAAAAAUUCAAACAUGUACAACUGUAACAUACCAAAAAGCUCCAGAGCCCUCAUUCAGUGUGUAUCAUUACAAACACAAAAAGAAGCAAGUCACUGAUUCAUCAAGUCAUCGAUUCAUCAGAUAAUCAAUUCAUCACAUCAAAGCAAAAUAAAAAAUACAGUUUCCUUGCUAAGUGCAGUUAAACACCGUUAGCAUGCCAUUCGGUUUAAAGUUCAUGGCCGCGUGUGAUGGUACACGAGCCAAGUGCUGGUUAAAAAAGAUAAGCUCAGAGAUGAGUACAGAAUCGGUUAAAGAGAAACGUGCAUUUAAAAAAAAAAAAUAGGAGAUACAGAGGAGUUAAUUUACACCCUAAACUGUACAGGAA